UCAGAUUUGAAAUAAGGUCCAGAUUUCAUAAUUCACUGUAACAAAUAUCUCCAGUUAGAGAAACUUGCAGCCUUCAUCUGAAAAUGUCUUAGCUCAAGUCUAUAUUUAAAAAUGGAGUCUAGUGAUUAUGUAAGUGUUGACCUUCAGCUGUGCCUCACGUGGACGGCUGGGGUGGAGAGUCUUGGGCCAACACCACAUGCACAGGGAAUUCUAACACAGUGGGAGAGUGGAGUGGCAGAGACCAGCCCAGGGCCUUGUGGAGUCUGGAGGAGGAGCACUUAACUCAGGCUAGCAGGGUGGGAGAGGCAUGUCCAGGAAAGCUUCCUUGAGGAAAUGACCUUUGAGAGUUAGCUGGGUGAUUACAUAAAAACUGUCUGAUUUCACUACUUCUGAUCUUUGCCCUCCUUUCCUUCCUGCCCAUCUCUGCCAGAUCACAUCAUCCCUCAAAAUGUUGUAUUUGAUCUGCUCAUCAACUUUUAAUUUCUCGCCAUUUAAUUUAGUUGGUUCAGCCCCAAUCGCCAUUUUCAGAGUUCCCUCUUGUCCACACACACCCUGUAUGUCUUGAUGCUUUGCAUUGGCUCACUUGCUGACUUUGUUGGAACUUCCUUCUCUACUCCAGCUCCAGUGCCAGCCACUGCCACUUGCUCAAACUCAGCCCUUUUUUCACAACCUAGCUCAAGCACCACCUCUUCCAGGAAGUCUACCUGAUGUCUUCCCCCAAUCAGAAAUCUCUUCUUCCUUUGUGAUCACAUAAGUAAUUUGUCUCUAUUUUUUUAUUGCUGCCAUCAGUUUCUACCUUGUAUUUAAAUCAUUUGAGUAUAAGCAGGGUAAAUACUCACCGGGUAUGUACCAAGAAGGCUGCUCCUGUUGGGAAAAUAUUGGGGUCUCUAUGUGAAUGGGUUAAUAGUUGCAGCCCCAAUGCCUCUAAGUGCCCCACUUCCUACCACCCAUCUAGUGGGUAAGAGUUUGAAUAUUAUCUGUGGGCAUGUAUCAUAGCUUUUUUUUUGUAUUGCUUAAGACCCUGUCCAGACCAUGGAUUACAUGGUGGCUCACACCUGUAAUCCCAGCACUUCGAGAAGCCAAGGAGGAUAGCUUGAGCCCAGGAGUUUGAGACCAGCCUGGACAACAUAGGUGUGGUGUCUAUCUGAAGAAUAUUUUACUUUCAAAGGAAAGAUGCUGUCUCCAAAUGAUAAAAUGUUAGGAAAACUGGAUCCAUUUUAUCAACCUUCAGUGUCCAAGCAGAAGACCAGUGCAGAAAUCAUAAGUGAAGCAAGAAAUGCAUUAAGAACAGUUAGAACCCAAAGACCAUUUACACCACAGGAAUCUCAAAGAAAACUAUUCGGACCUGCAUCCUCAAGAACAUCAGAAAAUAGACCUCCUUCCUCCUUCAGCCUCCAUGCAUCCAGUUUUGAGUCAUCUGAUUCCAGGCCUAUCUCUGGCACACGUCUUAGUCCACUAGAGCUGAAACCGAAAGUUCCAGCAUCUCCCACCAGAGAGGAGGAUUCCUGCUUUUCCUUUCCUAAGCCCCCAGUGGACCCUGCGAAGAUUAGAAGAGUAAGCAACGCCAGGGCUCGCUUAUUCAGGGCUGCCUCCCAGCGGGCCCUUCUGCCGGACAGAUCCCUUCCUCCCUCCGACUCAAAGAAGACAGUGGAAUCCAAAGAAACAGUUAUGAUGGGGGACUCUAUGGUGAAAAUAAAUGGGAUUUAUUUAACAAAAUCAAAUGCUAUUUGCCACUUAAAGAGUUGCCCACUUCAGCUAACUGAUGACGGAGGCUUCAGUGAAAUAAAGGAGCAAGAAAUGUUCAAAGGAACAACAUCUUUACCAUCUCAUCUCAAGAGUGGAGGGGACCAGGGGAAGAGACAUGCGAGGGCCUCAUCAUGCCCCAGUAGCUCAGACCUGAGCAGGCUGCAAACCAAAGCAGUCCCAAAAGCUGACCUGCAAGAAAAGGACGCAGAAAUAGAAGUAGACGAAGUCUUUUGGAAUACAAGGAUUGUACCGAUUUUGCGUGAAUUAGAAAAGGAAGAAAACAUUGAAACGGUUUGUGCUGCUUGCACACAACUUCAUCAUGCUUUAGAGGAAGGAAACAUGCUUGGAAAUAAAUUUAAGAGAAGAAGUAUUCUCCUGAAGACCCUGUGUAAACUAGUUGAUGUUGGUUCAGACUCGCUCAGCCUUAAACUUGCAAAAAUAAUUCUAGCACUUAAAGUGAGUAGAAAGAAUCUUCUUAAUGUCUGCAAACUUAUAUUUAAAAUUAGCAGGAAUGAGAAGAAUGAUUCUUUGAUUCAAAAUGACAGCAUUCUGGAAUCAUUAUUGGAGGUACUAAGAAGUGAAGACCUGCAAACUAACAUGGAAGCUUUUUUAUACUGUAUGGGGUCUAUAAAGUUCAUUUCUGGAAAUCCGGGAUUUCUUAAUGAAAUGAUCAGCAAAGGUGCUGUGGAAAUACUGAUAAAUUUGAUAAAGCAAAUAAAUGAGAACACCAAGAAAUGUGGUACAUUUUUGCCUAAUUCGGGCCACUUGCUAGUCCAGGUGACUGCUACAUUGAGAAACUUGGUUGAUUCAUCAUUAGUAAGAAGUAAGUUCCUAAACAUCAGUGCCCUUCCCCAGCUCUGCACGGCAAUGGAACAGUACAAGGGUAACAAGGACGUCUGUACCAAUAUUGCCAGAAUAUUCAGCAAACUUACUUCUUACCGUGACUGCUGCACAGCCUUGGCCAGCUAUUCCAGAUGUUAUGCCUUAUUUCUGAAUCUAAUUAACAAAUACCAGAAGAAGCAGGAUUUAGUCGUCCGUGUUGUUUUUAUUCUUGGCAACCUGACGGCAAAAAAUAACCAGGCUCGUGAACAAUUUUCCAAAGAGAAAGGGAGCAUCCAAACUCUGCUGUCAUUAUUCCAGACGUUCCAUCAGCUGGAUCUGCAUUCCCAGAAGCCGGUGGGCCAACGAGGCGAGCAGCACAGGGCGCAGAGGCCGCCGUCAGAGGCAGAGGACGUGCUCAUCAAGCUGACUCGCGUGCUGGCCAACAUUGCCAUCCACCCGGGCGUGGGCCCGGUGCUAGCCGCCAACCCGGGGAUAGUGGGCCUGCUCCUGACCACGCUGGAAUACAAGUCACUUGAUGAUUGUGAGGAGCUGGUGAUCAAUGCUACAGCGACAAUCAACAAUUUAUCUUACUACCAAGUGAAGAAUUCCGUAAUUCAAGACAAAAAGCUAUAUAUUGCUGAAUUGCUCUUAAAGCUUCUUGUCAGUAACAACAUGGAUGGAAUCCUGGAGGCUGUGCGUGUUUUUGGAAAUCUCUCCCAGGACCAUGAUGUCUGCGAUUUCAUUGUGCAGAACAAUGUCCACAGGUUCAUGAUGGCGCUGCUGGAUGCUCAGCAUCAGGAUAUCUGCUUUUCUGCCUGUGGUGUUCUCCUCAAUCUCACUGUGGAUAAAGACAAGCGUGUCAUCUUGAAAGAAGGAGGUGGCAUUAAAAAGUUAGUGGAUUGUUUAAGAGAUUUUGGUCCUACUGAUUGGCAGCUGGCCUGCUUGGUUUGUAAAACUUUAUGGAACUUCAGUGAAAACAUCACUAAUGCUUCGUCAUGUUUUGGAAAUGAAGACACCAACACACUCUCACUCUUGCUCUCAUCAUUUUUAGAUGAAGAACUAGCACUGGAUGGCAGUUUUGAUCCAGACCUAAAAAACUAUCACAAACUCCAUUGGGAAACAGAAUUCAAACCUGUGGCACAGCAGCUUCUAAACCGAAUUCAGAGACAUCACACUUUCCUGGAACCCCUGCCCAUUCCCUCUUUCUAACAUGAUGCAGAUUAACAGUAGAAACGAGAACUCACGUCUCCCUCAUUCUUAAGAACUGGUAACAAACGUGAACAUUUUUUCCAGCAUUAACAAAUGUGGAAAGUUUUUCAAGAACUGGUUUUAGUGAGUAGCUGAAGUAUUUUUUAAAAUUAAGCAUUUCUUCUUGUUAGGUAUUAUGGAAAAAUGAAUAUACACAUUAUAUUUCCUGUUGAGAGAAAUGUAAGAUGAAAAUGUAUGCAUUUUCAAGUAAAUGACUUUUUCUUCUAUUCUCUAUUAAACAAUUUAGUUCUAGUCUUAAGAUCUUGAUUUAACAAUUUUGGAAUUGAAGUGUUCAUAAGUUAAAUGAACUGUGCAAUGAAGGCUGUUAGAUUAUAUAGAAAGAAGGGUAGGCAACAUGAGUGGAACACGUUACAACAUGGAUCUGUACUAAUUCUUACUAUGUCAAAUAAUAAAUGCUCUCAUUAGGUACCAGUA